AUGACAUUACUUACAGAUUCCUCAUUGUUGAAUUUCCUUCUACAAGAUACAUCAUCAGAAGUUUCAUCUCAGAACAAAGUCCCGCCGUGUCUAAGUCAUUUAAAAGCGUAUUCUGAUGAUGGUUCGAAAGAAUCUUCUCCAAACUCCUCGGUUGAAGCACUAACGCGGAAGAACAAGAAGAAUAAGAAGACUAAGAAACACAAUAUCAAAAAGGAAUCGCUAGAUGGACUUGAAAAUGAUGAUAUUAUUAAACUUUUGGAAUCAAGUAGCAUUUUCCCAACCGCUAAGGCUAAAUCAAACAGACCAAUGAGCGAAUCUCAUAAUACCAAGAAAACAUCUAGUCUGAAGGACAAGAGGGAAAAAGAUGAACAAAAGUAUACCAAGCUAAGGGAGCUGAUGGGUAAGAAGAAGGAUGAAGAUGAGGAGACAAAUAGGAAAAAGGACAAAAAGAAGAAGAAGAAGAAGAAGAAGAAGGAAGAGGAGAAAAGACUUAGUGAAGGUAAGCAGGGGAAAAAAGACAGAGGCAGAAAUGUGCAAUUAGAGAUGGAUAUUCAUCAGGAAGCGGUUGCAGGUUCUGCAAUAGGUGUAUCAUUCUCUGAUGCCACCUUGAUCAGUGAUGAAAUUUACACUAGACAUGCAGAUUCUCUAACAGCACUGGAGGCAGAAGAACAACUUCAAGACACAGAAAAACUAACUCAAAAAGAGCAAGAGUUGUAUGGUAAUCACGUAGAAGUAGAAGAGCUAAAAAUUCACAGCAAAAAAACAUCUGUCUCAACUUCUUUAGAUGAUGAGGCAAUCGAAAACCAUACCUUAAAGAAAGAUAUGGUAUCACAAAACAAGAGCCGUUCCAAUGACUGGAUGAAGGAAUUAAUAAGACAAGAAUUAGAGAAAAACAAAAUAACAACUAGCCAUAAGUCUAAAGGGAAACAAAGAGAUCUUUCAUCCGGAUUGAGUUCGAGCAAAUACAGUGAUGAACCUCAGAGCUCCAGAAAAGCUCACGAAAAACCAAAAAAAGAACCAAACGCAGAAGUUGAUUCACGUAAUGCCUCUCUUGAGCGCCAAGAAAGAAAAAAAGAAUUGAAGAAAGACAGCAUAGACAAAGCAGGAGAAAAGGAAGAUAACGAAAAUCAACCUGAAAUGCCUUCGACCGAACCAUCAAGCAAGGCACAAAAACGUCGGAAAAGAGGAGGAAAAAAACACAGGAAAGAUACACUAAUGAAAGGUUAUAGUAGUAACUCUAAAGAAGUGCAAACAUAA